UCCCAUUUCAUAAUGCAAAUGACUGAAGCGGCAGCACGAAAAUAAGAGUGAUAAUUUAUGAAUAUACUAAUUAAUAUACAAGGAAGCAUUGUUUAGUUGUGACUCAUUGAUCUUUUGAACCAAGAAGCAACACAAAAGCAUGGAAAUGAGUGCGGCAAUGUUUGCACGGAUCUCCUUUUAUCCAACGCUGCUCUACAAUGUGCUCAUGGAAAAAGCAACAGCAAGGAAUUGGUACGAUCGUAUUGAUGAAAAUGUUAUACUGGGAGCGCUGCCCUUCAGAAGCCAAGCAAAUGACUUAAUUGAAAAGGAAAACAUGAAAGCUGUCGUGUCAAUGAAUGAAGACUACGAACUUACUGCGUUUUCAAACGACUUAGCCAAAUGGAAGGCUCUCGGUAUUGAGUUUUUACAACUGGCCACCACAGAUAUAUUCGAAUCACCUAAUCAAGAAAAACUCUACCGUGGCGUUGAGUUUAUAAACCGCUUUUUGCCACUCUCAAAACGCAUACCGAAGUUCGAUUCCUCACAAUAUGCUGAGAAUAUUGGUUCUGUUUAUGUGCAUUGCAAAGCAGGGCGAACACGGAGUGCGACCUUGGUGGGAUGCUACCUCAUGCUGAAAAACGGUUGGACCCCAGAUCAAGCUGUUGACCACAUGCGUCAAUGUCGACCACAUAUCUUACUGCAUACCAAACAAUGGGAUGCGCUGAGAAUAUUCUAUGCAAAUAACGUGGAGCCCCAGUCAUGACCCAGCCCUGACUGAUCUGUUAUAUUCACUGCGUAACAAAUGGCGCACGUUUUUAUUUUUGUUGCCUUUACCAGACUAAUUAGCAUUAAGUAAAAGUUUUCAAUACAAGUUUGUUGUGUA